GAGAACGGGAGGUGGAGCUAACAGGAAGGGUGGGGGGAUAGGGGUGUUGGGUCCGUCUUUCCCCUGCCGUGUCCCCUUUUCUCAGCUCGGCGCAGACGCCAUGUUGGUUUGAAAGGAAGAUGACAAGAGGCGGCUGCAGCAGCGGUGGCGGGCGAGGGGUCCCCGAGAGCGGCUGGUGCUGAGGAAAGGGCUGUUGUCUCCCCCUUCCUUUCCCUGCCUACUUGUCCGCUCCAGCGCUGAGCGAAAGGACGAGAGGCUUGGUCGUGUCAGUUGGGGAGGGGGGGAUUCCGCCAACCGUCUGCUGAGGGAGCCCCUGGAAGAGGAGGGGGAGGGAGACGGAGAGGGACGGCGAAGGAAGAGCAGCCACGGCGGCGGCGGCAGCGGCGAUGAGAGCAGAGACCUGAGGCGAAGAAGCGGCGGGUGCUUCUGCCGCUGCUACUCCAAGAGGCGACUGCGGUUUAAAUCCCCCCUUGAGCUGCUGCUGCUGCAGUUUGAGGGGGGAGGGUAUUAGUUCUUUUGUUCCCCCCGUCUUUCCUUUUCCCACCCCCCUUCUCGUUUUUCAUUCUUUUUUUUUCUUUUGGGGGCUCAGGGUUGCAAAGCCUCUCAGAAGGGCCCGAAAGAGGAAGAGAAGCGGAAUCCUGCCUCUGCCAGCUACUUAUCUCACUUUUACUUCGGGAGGGAUUGUAAAGGGGGGGUAGGAACCAGCCCCAACAACUUCGGGUCCAGAUCAGGGGGAGGAAGGAGGUCGCUUUACUUGGCCUGUCGCACGUCUUAAUGAGGUGACUCGGACGCAGAACUAUCCUCUGAAUCAUCCCCGUCAUUCAUUAUUGGUCUAAGCUGGAGAGGAAGAGCGACAGAGUGGUGGUGAGGGGAAAGCCUCCACACAAUUCAUGUCCUUGUGUACUUCUGCCCGGUCUACCUGGCACUGCUGCUUGGUGGUGUUGUUUGCUGCUGACAGGGAUCUGCUGCCAUCUCUGGUCUCCCUGGUGUUUCUUUGCUGAUCGAGCCAUUUAACACCGGUUCCUCCUGGAUUUUUCCUCCCUGGUCCAACAGUUUCCUUGCUCGGGGUCAGCUACUUUUAUUGUGGAGGAAAAAAAGGAAAACUCAGAACUUAACAGAUGCCAAAGAUUGGUUGACUGAAAGAUCACUUUUGCAUACUCUUGGCUGACUUAUAAGAGUUUCUUGUUUUGUGCUAUUUGAGACCAUCAGGGUAGUUUCAAGAUGUCCAGCAGUGUCCCAUCUGAUAUGAUAAAUUUGCGCCUCAUCUUGGUAAGUGGAAAAACAAAAGAAUUCUUAUUCUCACCAAAUGAUUCGGCAGCAGACAUCGCAAAACAUGUUUAUGAUAACUGGCCAAUGGACUGGGAAGAAGAGCAGGUGAGCAGUCCAAAUAUUCUGCGGCUUAUUUAUCAAGGACGGUUCCUUCAUGGCAACGUAACAUUAGGAGCAUUAAAACUUCCAUUUGGCAAGACAACAGUGAUGCAUUUGGUGGCAAGAGAGACAUUGCCAGAGCCAAAUUCUCAAGGUCAGAGGAAUCGUGAAAAAACUGGAGAGAGCAAUUGCUGUGUAAUCCUGUAAAAGCUCUGCUGUAUCUGCUACUUGUGAUGUAAAAUAGUUUUUGUUUUUCAUGCUGCUGGACUAGAGGAGACCAACAUCGCUUCAGACGCCCUUAGGAAGAGCCUAUCUGUGAAUCCAUUCAACUGAAAUGUUACAUGAACACUGUCACAUAUGUUUUUUUCCUAGAGCAAUGAACACUUUCCCCCCUACUUUUUGGUUGUUGAACAAACUUAUUAAUGCAUCACUUCUCCAAUGCAUUCUGUCUCCAGGAAAAGGUUAACUAUUCUCUUCAACAAGAAUCAUUUUGCUGCCAUAAAAUCAUACUUUACCUGAACUUUAACCAAUCAACAUUUCUAAAUGCAAUUUGCACUAAAAA